UCGAAGGCCGAUGUUUCGUGAAACACAAUCUGAAGUACGAUUGCGGAAUGAAUAUACGGUUUUCCAGAUGUUGCGCGUGGAUCGUUGUGUUAUCUGUGUGCUUCCCGGGUACUUGCGCGCUUCUCGGGAACGAGUCGUUCCCGGGCGAAAUCGAUCGAAAGAGAUCGAUGGGAAACGAUGACCAGCGAUUGUUUCGAGGCCACGUGAAACGUCGGUUGAUGAUCGACGGGGACGUCGAGACGGAGGUGCUCUGUGCCGAGCGAUCGAUCAAAGAUUUCCCGAACGAUCUGUUCGCGUACGAGCAACGACGACAUGGGGCCGUGUUUCUGCACGCCUUCCUCGGAUUCUACUGUUUCAUAUUAAUAGCGUUCGUCUGCGACGAUUAUCUGCUGCCGUCCAUCAACCGCAUAUGCAAGAGCAUGAAAAUAAGCACGGACGUGGCCGGGGCCACGUUUCUCGCGAUGGCCAGCUCGUUCCCCGAAAUGUUCGUGAACGUGAUCGGCACGUUUCUGACCGAAACGGAUCUUGGAGUCGGUACCGUUGUCGGCAGCGCCGUGUUCGACACGUUCGCAACACCAGCUUGCGGUGCAUUGAUAGCCGCUCAUGCGAUACCGUUAGAAUGGCGAAUAUUGUCACGAGAUUGUAUUGUGUACGUGAUAUCUGUUGGAACUUUAGUAAUAGUAAUGUGGGACGGCGUGAUCACGUGGUACGAAGCAACAACUUUGCUGGCGUUGUUCUUUAUUUACCUGGUCCUGCUGUUUAGUGGUAAAUGGGUGAUACGUUCCUGUUCCGGCGGGCUCUCUGGCUCGAAAAUGAAACUUACCAACUUUGUCGAGGACACGAUGCCCGUGGGCUCGUAUAAGCAGCAUUUCCGGAACGGUUUUGCCGCAAAUCACGUAGAGACUAUAUCGGUUAACGUGCAAGAACUGCAAAAAAAUGGGCAUACUAACCCAGAGUACACAGAGUACGCAGAAGAAUCGACAAAAUUGGAGGACGAGGAACCGCCAGAAAGUCCGUUUACGUGGCCAAGAGAGAACAAUAUGGCGACAAAGUGUUGGUUCGCGUUUACCUGGCCGUUGAGGUUCCUGCUGUUCAUAACGAUACCGGACACCCGACGCGAACGAUUCAGGAAAUUGUAUGCGAUCACGUUUCUAAUGUGCGUGGUUUGGAUCGCCGUGGCUUCCUAUUUGGUGUCUUGGAUGAUGACUGUCGUUGGCGAUACCCUAGGUAUUCCGGACUCCAUCAUGGGCAUCACCUUCUUAGCCGCUGGUGGAAACGUGCCGGAACUCGCGUCCAUUAUUAUUUUAGCGCAACAGGGUGACGGAAACAUGGCGAUGAGCAACACGCUAGGAGCAAACAUUCUUGACAUUUUGCUCUGUCUGGGUCUACCGUGGACGAUAAAGUGUCUGAUCACGAACAAGAACGUGGAGAUCGUUUCGGGGGCGUUGUCGUACAGCGUACUUUCGUUAGUCGUUUGCAUAGUCGUUCUGUUCGCGGUGAUAGCGUCGUUUAACUUUAAGCUGAACAAGAAGGUAGGGAUCAUCUGUCUAUUGUUGUACGCGAUAUUUUUAGCGGUCGCACUGCUCGUCGAGCUGAACGUGUUCUUCUUCGUGAAUUUGCCCAUGUGUGACGAGUAACGAACAGGUGUUCGUUUGUUUUCUAUUUUCGUUUUGCUCGCACGUAUAGUGCGUUCAAUCACUAUCGAAGUGGCCGAUAUCGAUUGUCUUCAUUAUCCAGCGUGAAAUCGCCGAUAGCAGACGGAAGAACGAUUUAACUGAAAUUUAGAUAUUGCGCGAUACUCGUUAAAUGCUAUCCGUCUUCGUCGAAAUUUUUGAUAUUCGACAACAGCCUUAGUGGUGGAAUAUUUUUUAAACGGGAAAAUAUUUCGAGCGAAGUUAAUUACUCAUGCAAAACAAGGGGGGGGGGGUCUCGUGUCAUCAAUUCAAUACUUAAUGGCGUACUUAUUGUAUUACAGUAUU